CUUUUAAAUGGUCAGCGGUCGUUUAACGACCCAUGCUCUAAAACUUGUUCUUUGCCUGAGCUUUCUUUCUAGAUCGAAUUGCGUCGCAGACAUGACUGUCAAGCGAAGGAAUGGUGGGCGUAACAAAAGUGGUCGUGGUCAUGUCAGAGCAGUAAGAUGUACAAACUGCGCUCGAUGUGUGCCUAAAGAUAAAGCCAUUAAAAAGUUUGUUAUAAGAAAUAUUGUUGAAGCUGCUGCUGUCAGAGAUUUGUCUGAAGCCAGUGUUUAUGAUGGUUAUGCAUUGCCUAAACUCUAUGCCAAACUAAGCUAUUGCAUUAGUUGCGCCAUACAUUCAAAGGUUGUACGUAAUCGUUCCAAAGAAGAUCGCAAAAUAAGGACUCCACCUCCUAGAUUUGGUUUAAGACCGGAAAAUAAACGUACACCUGGGCAACAACGACCUAAUAUUGCCGGCGGAGUUCCUAUGAAGAAUUAAUUAGUGAAAUAUAUUGUUUAAUACACUAA